AAUAAAUAUGGGAAGGCUUUCUCAAAAUCUCAGAAAUUCAAAACCAACAAAGUUUAAAGCUCUUCUAGUCUUAGUCUUCUGAUCAUUACUAAUCAGUGCACAGGCCAGCUACACAGUCAAAGAUUUCCAUUCAAUAUGGCCAUGGCAGUAUAUUGGAGACGGAUUGUAUGAAGUUGAUAUAGGAAUUAGUCAAGGAACUAAAUCUGCAGACCGUAGUCUUCCUGACGGAGCUAUCGUGCUAGCAGUUGGUGAUAUUAAUGAUAGCAAACAUAAUGAUUUGAUCUCAAUGUCUGAUGACCAGAUGACAGUGACUGUUAGUUACUUCAACAAUGAUGAGUAUAACUUUGAUAAGCAAAAAGUAUUACCAACUGGAGACUGCAAGACCUCUGCAGCUUUUAUCAUUUCUAAUCUAAAUUACAGGAUUGCUCUGGUGUGUACUGAAGACCCCAACCAUGAUUAUGUCAAACUGUUUAAAAAUGAUGAUAAAUUUAGCUCCGAAACGCUUAGCAGUUUUAAGAUGAAAAAGGGCAGCCAACCACUCUUUAUUGAUAUCAAUAGCGAUACUUUCUUAGAUCUUGUCUAUAACCAAGAUGUUACCUCAAACAGCUUUGACAUUAGGGUAGCUCUUUAUAAUGAGGAUAAUGCGGGAUUUGAGACCAGUACACAAGGUCUGCUUGAAGAAUAUCUCUACGAAAACCCAUCACUUGGAUGUCAGAGUCUGCCUAAUAAAGAGCAGUUGAUCUUAGAGAGUCCAAACUUCUCAUCGAACAUUGAUGUCAAUAAUGACUGUGUCUCAGAUUUAUACCUUAAUGUUGUAAAUACUGCCGGAGAGUCUAAAGGAUUAAUGCUGAUAUCAACUAGGAUUAAGAAUAAUGCUCAGGAGUUUAGAAGAUAUUGCCUUGUUGAAGCAGAUAACCUUUCAUCGUCCAAGCUUAGUUCACCUGUUUUUGCAGAUUUUGAUAAAGACGCUUCUGUUGAUAAAGCAUUUUUCAAUACUGAGACGAACUCGAUUUAUGUUUAUUAUAACGAAAUGCAGGCUAAUGGUCCUAGCUCAAGUAGUUUGUGUAAAUCAAUGCCCCUUAUAGAAAAUUCAGAAUCAGAGACUGACUUUAAUUCUUACUCUCUCUUUGAGAAUGUUUUUGAUGUCAUUAGUAUUGGGUCAACCACUGGACUCUAUGCCAAUUCUUUAGUAUCAAACUUCAUUCCAGGACAGAUGAGAGUUGGUGAUAUUGAUAGUAAUGGGUUCCCAGAUAUUCUUAUAACAAAGACCACACCUGACGGAAAUCCUUCUACUACCAUACUGGUGAACACAGAAUGUACCACUCAAGAUUCAGCUUCUCCUACCAGUGAGCAGGAUACCAAAAAUGAGGAUUGUAAGAAAAGAACAUUCGAUACAUCUCAUGAUUACACUACAUUAACUGAUCAAAUUGAUACUUCACUCUACGCUUUCUUCCUUGAUUUUGAUGAUAAUGGCAGAGAAGAUAUCAUUCUUGUUGGAAUGGGAACAUCAGGAAAGACAGUUGCAAGAGCCUUCUAUAAUAACUAUGCAAGAGAUAGUUACUACAUCACAGCUACAUCCUACACAUCAAGCAGUAGCUCUUUCGGAAGCAAGGUAUAUGGAAGCACUUACAGAGGUAUUUACACUACCCUACAAGAUUCGAACAAAGUAUUUGUUUCCUUCCAGAAUGUUAGAAACUCAUAUGGCGCUUUGGAAGCUCCUGUUGCUACAUUUGCUAUCGGUCGUUCGAACAACUACAUUGAAGACUUCACCGCAACAUAUCCUAUCCAAAAGUACACUAAAGCCGGCGGGAAGGACAAACUUUCAGUAGAGGUGAACACUUGGACCCCUAUAAUCCCAAACUCACACUUGUUAGUAGACCUGAGUGCUAAAACCGCCAAUAAGUGGGGAAUUAAGCUGCUGAUUAACCCAACUGACAGCUUUAUCUUAGUCGGGAUAAUCCUCACUCUGAUCCUGAUUAUUAUCGGAGGAAUCAUUAUCUAUAUUCACAGGCAGGAAAAGAAGGAAGAUGACAAAGAGAGAAAUCCAGGAUUGGACUUCUUCUAAAUAAGUAUUGAGAUUUAAGUUUAGAUGUAUAGCUCAGUGAGGUCGUGGUGGCGAUGGAGAAGGUUUAGCUUAAAAUUUGGCAAUUUAGGGGAUGGGAAUGGGAUAGUAGGAGGUAAUGAGGGUAUAGGAUGGUUUGAGGUCUUAGUUUGUAUAUAUG